AAUUAAUGUGAGGCACCGAGUUUUCAACAAACCAUUUUCUUUACUCAACCACAGAUGCUACGUGCCACUACCGCCUGCGGACACUCGAUGAACCUCUAAACCGCCAACCAUUUUCUAAUUUUAUAUUGGAAAAAAUUGUCGCAAACCCUAGCCGGCCGGAGCCAGGUGUGAGAUCUUAUAUUGAAGAAAUUGUCCCAUCCCUAUCCCGGGUCAGGAGUGAGUCGUGACUCAUCGUCGAUGUCAUCAUCCACAAAUCCUUCUCCAUUUUCUCUGUUUGAUUUCGUUGACAAUCUGCAGCUCAAAUCCCUAAAAUCCCUAACAAUCCAGGAAGAAAAAUGAUGAUACCUUCAGAAAUCGUUACAGAUAUUAUCUCGCGCUUACCAGUGAAAUCCCUUUUGCGAUUCAAGUGUGUAUCUAGAUUAUGGUAUUCGAUUAUAGACAGCCCAGAUUUCGUCAAAAUGCACUUGCGUCGAUCUACGACAACAAACUCAAAUCAGAGGCUAAUUCUUGAAGGCCUGGGGCUCUAUUCCGUAGAUUUGGAUUCACUUGACAAAGCCCAUGUCGUGAAGCCCCCGUUUUAUUACAAGAGUGUUGAUGGCAUAUCCAACUCUUGCAAUGGGUUAAUUCUCGUGAUGAGUGAUCCUCCUGUUUUGUGGAACCCUUUUUCCACAAAGUUCCGGAUUUUACCUGACAACCCGAUCGAGUAUCCAACUCCUCUGUUGUGUUUUUCGAAGGUUAUUUAUGCGCUCGCUUAUGAUUCGAGAAAGGAUGAUUAUAAAGUUGUUCGGGUUGUUGAAUUUAGGAACAAAACUAGUCAUAUGUGGGAAUGCUCUGAGGUUGAGAUUUAUAGCAUGAAAUCGAAUUCUUGGAACAGGAUCGAGGGUUUUCCUUAUCCGCUACCCUUUUUGAAGGGAAACUGGGGAGUACAUGUCAAUGGAGCGUUGCAUACACUUGUGGAGGAUUAUUUCCACGUUUAUUCGGAAAAAUCAAUUAGAAUCAUGGCUUUUAGUGUUGAGAGCGAGAAACAUUAUGAGGUGAUGCUGCCACCGAAUUUUGGAAUCAAGAAUGUUAAAAUGAAGUUGGAUGUGCUAGGAGGGUGUCUUUGUCUAGUUUGCACUAGCAAGUCUCGUGCUAAUGUAUGGGUGAUGAAGGAAUAUGGAGUUGAGGAAUCUUGGAUUAAAUUGAUAUCAAUUAAUUCUUCAACAAUUGACCCUGAUGACAUUUUGCAGCCUUUUGCUUAUUUGAAGCCAUUGGCUUAUUCGAAGAACGGCGAAAAUGUUCUCGUGACUUAUGAUGACAAAAGGCUUGUUUGGUAUAAUUUGAGAACAAAAACUAUCAAGAAUGUCUCUGUUAGUGGGUUACCUUUUGUGUUUUUUCCCGAGGUUUGUGUAGAAAGCCUUAUUUCUCCUUGUGGCCCAGCCCCGAGGGAAGUUGAUGGGGUCAAGAGAAAUGGAAAAGACAAAGCGAAGGAAAAGAAAACUAAGAAGAAUCGGAAUCUGGAAGUGGAGGAAUCUUGGACUAAAUUGAUAUCAUGGGUUGGCUUUGUGUUUUAUUUUGAGGUUUGUAUGAAAGCCAUGUCUGCCCUCGUGGUCUGGUCCCACGGAAAGACGGACGGGGUCAAGAAACAUAGACGAGAAAGGGGAGGGGAAAAAAGGAUUGGUUUUAUUUGUUUAUAUGCUGUUGGUUUCUUAGUAUUGGAAGGCCCUUUGAUAGGGGUUCAAGUUGGUGCUGUAGAUAAGGGACAAAUUUCAAUGAGGAAAAGAGGUGGGUCAAUCGCUAAGCUCUUUUAUGACGGUUAUGUUGAUUUUAAGAGUUUGUUUGUUUGUACCAGUUCUUAUAGGCAUGGUAACGUCAUGUCAUCAUCAGCAUUACUUUCAUUUUAUCAACUAGAUGCUAAUUGCAUCUUCAAAUGUUCAUGGGAGCUUCUCUUUGUUACUUGUAGUGCAGAAUUAGAAUCUGAAGAAGAAGAAGAAGAAGAGAAGGGAAGAAUCAUAAUUGGCAGAAGAAGAAAGGAGAUCAGUUUACGAGGAUUGAAGACAGAACAACACCGAGGAAAGAAAGAAAAUUACCGUAGUAUAUUGAGAGCUGCUCAUGUAUAUUGUUGCACUGGGAUUUUGCGUAGAAAGAGUUUGAGAAAGUUUCAAUUAGUGAACUGUUUCUCCAUCUUAUGUGAAUGUUACACAGCUGAAGUAAAAAAUACUUCUAGCUUUCCUUGUGGCGAGAAGGAUCCUUGUGUAAGAUCGGAUGUUUGGGAAGAAGUGCUGCCUAGGGCAUCUGGGCCUCGAUGUGAUGGGCCUUGGAGUAAAGGGCCUCGACAAGAAAGACCACCUCGAACUAUUCACUUCAACGCGGGCAUUCUCUCGACUUUCCCUACAGCACUAAAACAGUACCUUACACUCCUGACCCUGCAGAGAAAGAAAAUGUUCCCUCCAGAAAUUAUAACGGACAUCCUUUCACGCUUACCAGUUAAAUCUCUAUUGCGAUUCAGGUGUGUCUCAACAUCGUGGCGUUCUAUAAUAGACAGCCAAGAUUUUGUCAAAAUGCACUUGCAUCAAUCCAUAUCAACGAAUUCCAAUCACAGUCUCAUUCUUGGAGGCCUGGGGCUUUAUUCCGUAGAUUUGGAUUCACUCGACAGAGCCCACAUCUUGAAACCCCCAUUCUAUUAUAGGAGUUCUGACAGUAUAUCCAAUUCGUGUAAUGGGUUAAUUCUUGCAAUGAGUGAGCCACCUGUUUUGUGGAAUCCCUUUUCAAGAAAAUACAAGAUUUUACCUGAGGCCCUGGUCGAGCAUCCAACUCCAUUAUGUUUUUCUAAGGUUAUUUAUGGGCUUGGUUACAGUUCAAGAAAUGAUGAUUAUAAAGUUGUCCGGGUAGUUGAAUUUAGGAACGAAGAGAGCCAUAUGUGGGAAUACUCUGAGACUCAGAUUUAUAGCCUGAAAUUGAAUUCCUGGAACAGUGCCGAGGGUUUUCCUUAUCCACUGCCCUAUUUGAAAGGGAAUUGGGGGGUGCAUGUCAACGGGGCAUUGCAUACACUAGUGGAGGAUUUUUUCCAUCUAUAUUCGGACAAAACAAUUAGAAUUAUGGCUUUUGGUGUUGAGAAUGAGAACCAUUAUGAGGUCAUGCUGCCACCGGAGAUUAGGAUCAAGGGUGUGAACAUGAAGUUGGUUGUGCUAGAAGGGUGUCUCUGUUUAGUUUGUGCUAAUAAGUAUCGGGCUAAUAUAUGGGUAAUGAAGGAAUAUGGAGUAGAGGAAUCUUGGACUAAAUUGAUAUCAAUUGGUUAUGAAACGACAGAUCCAGAUGAGAUGUUGAAGCCAUUGACUUACUUGAAGCCUUUGGUUUAUUCAAAGAAUGGCGAAAAUGUUCUUCUAAAUUGUGAUGAGAAAAGGCUUGUUUGGUAUGAUUUGAGAAGAAAAACUAUCACCAAUGUCACUGUUAGUGGUUUGCCCUUUGUGAUAUAUCCUGAGGUUUGUGUUGAAACCCUUGUUUCCCCUGGUGGCCUUGUCCUGGAGAAAGUUGAUGGGGUCAAGAAACAAGAGAAAUUGAAGGAAAAGAAAACCCAGAAGAAUAGGGAUGAUUUCCUGUCAGAGAGGUUCAAGUUGGUGCUGUGAGCAGGGGAUGAAAUUGGAUGGAACAGAAGAGGAAGUCAAAGACGGUGUUGCCAAUGGUUUUCCCAAAGAAAACGAACUUGCGUACUCUCUGAGCAUAGCAAAGACUUCUAGGGCUGUUGCUGCUUUCAAUAUAGUUCCAGUGGAUGAUGAACGAGAAGACAGACCUUUAUCUUUAUGUGUAAGCCCCUUAGAGAUGAGAGUAAUUUGACCUUUUGCCGGUUUGAGAGCUUUAUUUUGAUUGUUAAGUGUUUGUAAUGGUGCUCAGAAGACUGUUUGUUUUUGCAGUUAUAGACUAAUGCAAUGAAUUUGUGAGAAAUCCGUGUAAAGGAAUUUGUAACCAUAAUUUUCUGUAAACUUUAUCUUGCCAA